CUUUUUCCUCUCAACAUCUUCAUCCUUACUAUCUCGCCGGCCGCCUUUCCCUUUCUCCUCCCACUCCACUUUAACCUCUUCCACCACUUUCCUCCUUCAUGACGAGCAUGUCCGAUCUCCUUGGAACCCCGGGCUUCGGCUACAACAACUACAACCCACUAGAGGGCAACGAACUCUUCGCCAUCUUCGAGUCCCUCGACCGUCGCGGCGGUGGCACCACCACCACCACCAUCCCCAACUUCCCAGCUUCCUUCGAACCGGCUGCUACAACUCCUGCUGCAGGUGCUGCAGCAGCAGUCAGCUCGAGAGAUCGACGAGCCACGUUGACUUCGCAGAAGUCAACUUCCUCCUCGGCUGCUGCUCCGAGAGAAUUCUCGGAGCAGAUGGUCGAGGUCGAACCCAGGAGCAAGAGACAGAAAACCAUGGCCCCCAUCGCCGUCGAGGUAUGGAAUCAGGAGGACGAGCUAGGCAGCCCUACCGACGGGCUGAACAAGAUGUCUCACAUCACCGUGGAGCGCAACCGGAGGAAGCAGAUGAACGAGCAUCUGGCCGUGCUGAGGUCCCUCAUGCCUUGCUUCUACGUCAAGCGGGGAGACCAAGCGUCGAUUAUAGGAGGAGUGGUGGACUACAUCAGCGAGCUACAACAAAUCCUCCAAUCCUUGGAAGCCAAGAAGCAGCGCAAAGUAAUCUACAGCGAAGUGCUGAGCCCUAGAAUCGUCGCUAAUAGUCCCCGGCCGUCGCCAUUGAGCCCGCGGAAGCCGCCCAUCAGCCCGAGGAUCAUCAACAGCAACUUGCAGCCGAUAAGCCCACGAACCCCGCAGCCCACCAGCCCCUACAAGCCCAGGCCGCCGUCGCUGCUCAGUAGUUCCACUACCAAUGUACACAACAACUACAUCUCGUCGGCUUCCGUCGAGCCGUCCCCAACGACGUCGUCCUCGUCCUCCUCCAACCUCAUGAUGGCUGGCGACGGGGUGAACAACAACAAUAGCAACGAGUUGGUCGCUAAUUCCAAGUCGCGGAUUGCUGACGUGGAGGUGAAGUUCGCCGGCCCGAACCUCGUGUUGAAGACGGUUUCUCCGAGGAUCCCGGGGCAGGCGGUGAAGAUCAUCUCGGCGCUCGAGGACCUCGCGCUCGAGAUUCUCCAUGUGAAUCUCAACACCAUCGAUGAAACCAUGCUCAACUCCUUCACCAUCAAGAUUGGAAUUGAAUGCCAACUAAGUGCAGAGGAGCUUGCUCAACAGGUCCAACAGACAUUCUGCUCCUAAUAUUAUAUAUAUAAUUGCUCUAGCUGAUCUCUCCCUUAUCUCUCUCUAAUGUAAUGUAUGGUUAUGGAUGCUUUCUGUCUAGUUGUCUGGUCGACAAGGAUGUCUCCCAAACCUAACUACUUCCCUUCUUGUUUCUUAAAUUUGGUUUUCUUAUCCUUUUUCUUUGUAAUUUGGCCUUCAAUUAUUGAGGUGUACAACCUAGUAAUAAAAAAAUGACUAUGUAUAUGUCUAGGAAAGGGCAUACUUAUGGGCAUCCCUAACAAUUGUAAUUUUUGGUAGGUGGAGGCAUAAGUUUGUAGUGUACUAGGAUAAACACAUGGUACAUGUAAUGGUGCACCCUAAAUCAUGGACAUUAUUAUUGCUUUUUUUAUUUUCUGCCUUUGAUAAUGACGGUAAUUAGUUCACUUGAUGAUGAGUG